UCACGUUUUAUUUUUCUUCCUCCUCACCUUUUCAGGUUUUAUUCUUGUUUCUUCUCUCCACUGCCACUAAAACACACCAAAACUAAAACUUAUUAUGCUCUCACGUCACUUUCUUCUUAUGCUUUGAAGGACUUUAUGCAAGGAUAUGGCAAGUGAAAAAGAACAACCCAUUUAUACUCAUAUGGUUGUUGUACCUGAGUUGAUCUUGCCAUUGAAGACAUUGGACAAAAACAAUAACAUCAUACCAUGUUGGAUACAUACAGGGGAUCAUCACUUCGAUCUUUAUUCCCUUUAGAGGAGCAAGUUUACAAUAUUUUCACAAAAUAUGCUUUCAAGAAGUUUCAGGAGUUUGAGAGGGCAACUCAAUACAAGAUUUGUGAAGAAAAUCAUGUAGAAUUUACUGUGAAAUAUUGCAAGGAGCAACAUUCACAAAAGCAUAAAGUCUUAUGGGAUGGUGAUGUGGUUGGUUGUAGUUGCAAGCACUUUGAGUUUUGGGGUAUUCUUUGUCGUCAUGUAUUGACAAUAUUCCUUCAUAAAGAUUGUUUUGAGAUUCCAACAAGUUACUUGCCAUUACGUUGGUGUCGUGAUGAAUUUCAAAGACCGGUUGAAGUAAAUAUGAUGCUUAGUGAAGGAGAACCUAUUGAGAAUGUGGAGAAUACAGUAGACUUAAUUAAAAAUCCGCCAAGGUCUAAUACAAAAGGUCGUCCCAAAACAAAACGAUCAAAAGGAGGAAUGGAAUUGUCAAAGAGAGCAAGAAGAUGUACUUUUUGCAAGAGAAUGGGGCACAAUGUUACAACUUGUCCGGACAAAGAAAGUUAUGUUCAGCCAACAAUCACCAAGAAGAGGAAGAAUGAAGAUCAAGCACAACAAAAUUUGAAUCCUGUUUUUUAUCUAAAGUCUUCUUAGUAUCAGGCUGAGUAUGUUUUAGUAGUCUUGGAAUUAUUAUUUUUCGUGUUAUAUUGGUUACUGCAGGCUGAGUAUGUUUUAGCAGUCUUGGAUGAUUUUUUUUGCUGUUAUUUUGAACACCGUCAUUUUGAGUUU